AUGUACACCAGCCACGUAGCCCCGCCACGCACUCCUGGAGGCCGUCCAGGGUACCAUAUGACUCAGCUCCGAUCCUCUGCGAUGACUGACGCCCCAGACACCUGUCGAGACGGACUCCGCGCGUACAGAAACGCGAGGGACUGGUGCAAAGAUAAGAGGGAUGAGGUAAUUAGCCAGGCGAAUGAGAGAACAAAUCCUGUGGAAGCUGAGGCACCGACUAAUGACGCAGGCGCCAGCCCAGCUCCGAGCUUUGUGACUGCAGUGUCAGAGACAGAGGCCUACACUAUGAGUCAGGAGUCUUGGACGUCCCUGAAUGAAAACUCUAAUACCUGGGGGCCUUGA